AUGGCUUCUUCGGUAACACUGCAAGGUGCUGAGGGUCGUCAGAUUACCGUCCAAACCGGCCUGUUCAUCGAUAAUGAAUUUGUGCCUGCAACCAACAACGCCACCUUGGAUGUGGAGAAUCCAAACACCGCCACCAUCAUUGCUCAGGUCUCGGCGGCACAAGCAGAAGACGUUGAUCGGGCAGUACGGUCUUCUCAAAGGGCGUUUGCAACAUGGAAGCAUAGUGAUCCGAGCACCAGAAGAGCGCUCCUGCUCAAGCUGGCCGACCUCGUGGAAGCUCACGGUCCUGAUCUAGCAUCUCUAGAAGCGAUUGAGGGUGGCCUGUUGUACCGGGACUCUUUGGGCCUCCACGUCGCGCAGUCAGUGGACAACCUGCGUUAUUUCGCCGGCUGGGCGGAUAAGUUGGACGGUGCUAGCUUGCCCAUCCCCUCGGGGGUCGCCUACACACGCAGGGAGCCUAUCGGUGUUUGCGCCGCCGUCGUGCCUUGGAACUCACUCAUGAUUCUCUUCUGGAAGCUGGCACCGGCCAUCGCUGCUGGCAACACCAUCGUCAUCAAGACGGCGGAACUGACUCCGCUCUGGGCUCAGAAGUCUGCAGAGUUGAUCAAGGAGGCCGGCUUUCCCCGCGGUGUGAUCAACAUCAUUUGUGGGUUGGGUAGCGAAGCUGGUCAAGCUCUCGCUGACCACCCGGCGGUCCGAAAGAUUGCCUUCACUGGAAGCACUGCCACAGGGCGCCGUAUCAUGCAAUCUGCCGCACGCUCAAACCUCAAGAAGGUUUCUCUCGAACUGGGCGGCAAGGGCCCGAGCAUCGUGUUCGCCGAUGCGGACUGGGAAAAUGCCCUUUUCUGGACGACCCUAGGCAUCACCGCAAGCAACGGACAGAUCUGUGCUGCCGGAAGCCGUAUCUACGUGCAGGACACGAUCUAUCACAAGUUUGUCGAGGAGUUCAGCCGACGGAGCCGCGAUGCCGUGCAUGGCGACCCGCUCCUAGCCGAGACAACCAAGGGGCCAGUUGCUAGUGAGGCGCAACUUGACAAGAUCCUGUCGUACGUGGAACGGGCGAAACAGAGCAAGGCGAGGCUCUUGCAUGGCGGAGAAGCCCUCCCAGGCAAGGGUCAUUUCAUGGCCAACACGGCUUUUGCUGAUGUCGAUCAGAAUGAUGCCAUCAUGCGUGAUGAGAUUUUCGGGCCGUUCGCGAGUAUUGCUCCAUUCAGUACCGAGGACGAGGUGAUCCGCAAGGCGAACGACUCUGACCUGGGCCUCAACUCCGCCGUCUUCACCAACGACGUGAGCCGUGCGUUCCGUCUCAGUGAGGCCAUCGAGACCGGCACAGUCACGGUCAACUGCUGGGCUAUGCUCAACGCCAACACGCCCUUUGGCGGUGUCAAGGAGAGCGGUUUCGGGCGCGACUCCGGUCAGGAGGCUUUGGACAACUGGACAGUGACCAAGACUGUCAAGUUCAACAUCUUGCCACCGAAGUUGUAG